UGUUGUAGUCCCGCGUCUAAUGAUGGAAGAUGAAUGAAACGGUUAGCUUGUUUUUGGCUAGCAAGUAGACAUCACUGCACAUUAACUGGCACUACUGUGCUGAAACACCGGCCGAGAGAGAGACUGUUGGAGCUGCACAGAUGAUCCACCUACCGGGUUCGGCAUGUUCGCUACAUAAGCUGGACAGCAGACUGUAGAAUGCUAAUAACAAACGUUAGCAUGCAGUGGAAGUCGCUUUGGAUGGAUGCAAGGUUGAAACUCUCAGGCUGAGGCAACAGUGUCGCCAUGUACCAGAGCAAUAACAACCCCAUGAAGUCUAGCUGCAACAGCAGCAGCAUCACUGAGCUGCUGAGCGCCCUGUGUGACUGCAGCCUGUCUGGGGUGUCCUGGAAGCGCCGAGCUCUGGGAGGAGUUUCCAGAGAAAGUUUCCGCAGAUCUCUCAAGAAGCGUGCCUACGGAGCCCUGCUGUCAAAACUAUUUCAAGAUGGCACCAAAGGGUCUUCCUCAGGACCGAGUGCCACAGCUAAUACACCACCCAGAAACAAAGUCCUGAUGAUAAGUUUUGACUUGCGGGUGGCUGGCUGCCGAGAGGAGGCCGAGAGACUGGAGGAGCAGCUGGAGAUGCUGCCGGAGGGAGCAUCCUCUGGUCUGAAGGAAGUAGACGCAAUACUCGAGCUCCUGGUGCAUCUGGCUGGUUCGGCACCUCCACCCCCAACCUCUUUCAGCAGAGACUACAUGAGGCAAGAGAGACCUGUGCUGAGGAGGCCGCGGCCCUGGAGCUACCAGAGUGAGGACUUGCAGAGGCUAGAAGCCCAGGCAUGGGGUCUCAUGUGUGGGGAGGAAUGGGGGACUUUGGAGAGUCUGUAUGGAACUCAGAGAUUGAUGGAUGCGCCGCCGGGCACAGGACUGCUAGCUUUAAGGACUAAAUUGGAAACGGAAGAAAGAUUUGAGAAGGAGACCAGGCUGACACUGUUUGGAGCACUGCAACACACUCGCACCUCAGACAUAGACAUCAGACUGGACCUGCCUCCUAUACCCAGUAAUAUUGAUGUAACUGGGUUGGCUAUCAGGGUCCCCCACUGUUUAGAUCAGUCUGAGGAUGAGGGCUUCCAGUCAGCCUCCAACCUAACCCCAGACUCUCAGUCAGAGCCCAGCUCCAUCCCAGACAUUGAUAUCUGGGAGGCUCUCCGCACAUUUGAACCUGGAAGACGUCGCUGCUGGGAGUCUGUUGGCUGCCCACCAGGGAAAAGGGAAUCUUUCUAUCUCACAGAGGGAGGCAGGGAGGCCUUUGACCAGCUCUAUCGGCUGUGGGAGGGGGAGAUGAGGGUGGUGAGUACAAGUACACCCUCUCCUGCCCUUCCACUGCCCCUGGACUCUCAGAAGCAACUGGUGUCUGACCUCCUCAACAUGCUGAUUGGAGUGGCCUCCGCUACCUUCCCUCUCAACCAGAGCGUUCAGUUUGACGUCAGGCCUGGCGUGUGCGUGUCAGGAGCCUCUCCAGAGAGCGUGUCUCGUCUCUUGGGGGAAUUGGCCCAGUAUGGCACCUACUACUUGAGACUUAGCUGCUUUUCUCUGCAGAGUGCCGACAAGAAGGGCCUAGUAUUCCAGGCAUUUACCGGUGGACUGAGAAAAUAUCUGCACUACUACAGGGCUUGUGUUCUGAGCACUCCGCCCACACUCAGCCUGUUGACAAUUGGCUUCCUCUUCCGCAAAGUGGGCCGCCAACUCAGGUACCUGUCGGAACUUUGCUGUGUAGAUGGGCCUUUGGGUGCAGGCCAGGCUACCUUUCCUGUGGGUGUUAAACUGCUGUCCUACCUAUACAAUGAAGCCCAGAAUAACUGCAGCAACGAGAACUAUCCCGUGCUACUGUCGCUGCUGAAAAGCAGCUGUGAACCUUAUACGAGGUUUGUGUCAGACUGGGUGUACAGCGGCGUGUUUCGAGAUGUUUAUGGAGAAUUCAUGAUCCAAGUCAACGAGGAAUACCUCAGCUUCAGAGACAAACACUUCUGGGUUCAAGGCUACACUCUGAUCUCAAAGGAUGUGGAGGAUUGUGUGCCAGUCUUCCUGAGACACAUUGCAAAUGACGUGUACGUCUGUGGAAAGACCAUCAACCUCCUCAAAAUCUGCUGCCCACAGCACUACAUCUGCUGGUCGGAGCUGCCGGCACCCCGCAUCGCUGUCACCUUCUCCCUCCAGGAGGUGGAGGAGAUUGAGAGGGACUGUGCAGUGUACCGGGGACGCAUGGAGAGGAUUGCUAAGCACAGCGCCAUCAGCAGGGAGGAGCAAGUCCUGCGAACAGAGCAAGCACGCCAGGAGCUGAUCAAUCAGGUCAGAGAGUCAGCAGUCAAAACCCUGGAGAGCAUCCGUGGGCGCCAGGUGUCGCAACGUCUGGCUGAGGAGGCCAAGAAGAGGGAGCGUUUUGAGGAACUGAAACAGCACCUGGAGCAGGAGCAAGAGUGGCGAAGCGCGGCCAAGAAAAAGCAGGAGGAAGAUGACUUCAGCUUUGCCAGAGAGCUGAGGGACAGAGAAAAAAGACUACAAGCCCUGGAGGAGCAGCUGGAGCAGAGAGCCAGGAGGGAGCUGAUUGCUCAGUACAGCCGUCUGUCAGAAGAAGCAGCUCGCAGAGAGAGGCGGGCCAUGUGGAGAGUGCAGCGAAUGAGACUCGAUGAAGCCCGUGCUCAGUUCUUCAUGCACGACAGGCAGAAAACUCAGGCAAUACUGGAGAAAUAUCCUUUGGGCCUGGAGAGACCUCCAGAGGAAGUAUUGCCACCUCUUCCCUCAGUCCAACAGACUGCAGCAAAACCAACACUGGAGUGUCCUACUAAGGAGCUGUCUGAGCAGCAGCCAGCAGAGAUUCAAGAAGUUGAAGCUCUAUCACCACCACAUGAUCCGUCUCUUCCAAAUGUCGCUCCCCUUACAGCAGACCCUGCCCUCAUCUCUGAGCACAUCGACAUCAAUGACUUUCUCCCCAAGUCACCGCAGCCUGACGGUCAGCUGGUGGAUUUGGCCCUACAGGAGAUCAGCUCUGACCUACCUCAAGCCUGUCCGACAGCACAGCUAGUAGACUAUGACUUCAGUGCCCCCUUUAGUCCGCUUGAGGGUAUCACUGGCCAACCCUCAGUCCAGCCCAGACCUCGCUGGGGGCCUGCAGUUCAGCCUGACUCGAUCCAGAACCACCCCUCUUUCUCUCACAUUCCCAUAGGAGAGAAUAUGUCUCAAGUCCAGGAGAGCGUCCCUAAAGUCAACCCCUUUGGCCAAGCCUCUAAAUCCAGCUUUGCUCUGGGCCAGUACACCCCAGAGGAGCCCCAAAAUACAAGAGCAAACAAACAACCCUCACAGGCUUCAGUGCAGCAAGUAGAUGGAAACGGCUCAGCGUCGGACAGUAAAGACAAGGAAGCUGCAUCUGCACUAGCACCGGACGCUAAAGGUGCUAGUGCAGAGGUAAAUGAAGACGAGAGUAAAACUGCCGAAGCUAGAAAAGAUGGUGUGAUUGAUAAUGCUUCCUCCACCACAGCAGCACAAAGUGAGAAGGAUCCAGGUGAUCAAAAAGCUCUGACAAAUAUUUCAGACUGUGGUGUGGUGGAACCACUAGAGACAAACACUCAAGACCGCGGCUCAGAAGCUCACAAUAAAGCCAGUGAAAAUAUUUCUUUGCCAGGCGUUUUGAGUUCCAUCUCCAGUGGCCAUCUGAAGGCUGAAGAGCUGGUUUCAGGUGAAUGUGCCAAUCAGCCCUCACCCAGCAUCCAUGGACAUUCCUCAGAUGCUCACAUAAAAGUGGGACAAUAUGUGUCAGAGGUACCUGCUCCACUUUCCUCUCCAAGCAUGCACGGUCAUGCCUCAGAUUCACACAUCAAGAUUGGACAACGUGUUUCAGAGGUCGCUGCUCCUCUGCCUUCCUCCAGUGUUCACGGCCAUUCUUCUAAUGCUCAUAUUAAAAUUGGGGAAAAUGUGUCAGAAUUUGUCCUUCCUGUUCCUUCCCCAAACAUCCACGGCCAUGUCUCACAUGCCCACAUCAGAGUCGGGGAACUUGUUCCAGAUGUAGCUGCACCUCUGCCCUCUCCCAGCGUUCAUGGUCACAGUUCAGAUGCUCAUAUAAAAGUUGGGGAAAAUGUCUCAGACUUUCUUGAACCGCUUCCUGCUCCCAGCAUGCACGGCCACACCUCUGACGCGAAUAUCAAAGUGGGCGAGUUUGUGUCCAACAUUCCUGAAGCCAGACCUCGUUGGAGUAAACAUGGGCACUCCUCAGACUGCACCCUUCAGCCCGGCUGUGUGGUGUCUGGAGCAGAACCAUUAUUGUCUCCUUUGCCUGGAAGCUCUUACGGUCACUCCUCAGACUCAACAUUAGGUGUUGGAUGUGUAGUUUCAGGAGAUGAGCCCAAGCGUUCUCCGCUGCCUGGCAGUGCCCAUGGUCAUUCUUCAGACUCAAAUUUAGGCAUCGGAUGUGUCGUCUCCAAAAGUGAGCCACUUCCAUCGCCGCUGCCAGGCAGCACCUACGGCCACUCCUCUGAUUCGACGCUGGGGGUGGGCUGUGUGGUGUUGGGGACGGAGCCGCAGCCUUCUACAUUACCGGGCAGCGCUUACGGCCACUCAUCGGAUUCUUCACUCGGUGUUGGGUGUGUGGUGAAGGGCAAAGUCAGUGGAAAUCAGCAGAAAACUAAAGACAAUGAAGACGGCAAAGGUUCUAAGUCAGCGAGCCUCAGUGAGCAGCUGGCUGAGGGCGUGGGGUCCUGGGCUGCCAGCUUGGGGUUGUCCCCUGGGGAAACGUCUGAGCAGGAAUACCUCUUGGCUCUGUCUGCCCAGUACCAGGUGGAGCACUAUGAAGACUGCUACAGCCUAAUGGCCUCAUCCCCUGAGUGUCAGCUGCUGAAGCAGGUAACACGGGGCCCCUGGGGUCUUCCUAUGGACCCCACACUUCGCAGAGCCACCGACACCACAGCUGUCCAACUCAGCGAGAUGGUUUCCCUGCCAGUUCUGAUAAAACACUCCGUCACUGCCCCGCUCAUCACACAUGUAUCUCUGGUGAACAAGGCAGUGGUGGACUACUUCUUUGUGGAGUUAGGGGUGGAGAGACACUUUGAGGCACUGCGGCAUUUCCUGUUGAUGGAGGACGGCGAGUUCGCGCAGUCCCUCAGCGACCUGCUCUUUGAAAAGCUGGGCAGUGGCCAAACACCAGGCGAGCUGUUGACCCCUCUGGUGCUGAACUCCAUCCUCAGUAAGGCCCUGCAGUACAGCCUACAUGGAGACACCCCUUUAGCCGGUAACUUCACCUUCGCCCUUCGCUUCCUCCCUGAGACCUUCCACCCACACGCCCCGGACUCUCUCAACUGUUUGGAGCUGCGCUACAAGGUGGACUGGCCGUUGAAUAUCAUCAUCACAGACAGCUGCAUGAACAAGUACAACCGUCUGUUUUCGUUCCUGCUGCAGCUCAAACACAUGGUGUGGAGCCUCCGCGAUGUCUGGUUUCACCUCAAGAGAACAGCACUGGUGAAAGGCGCAGGUCGCUCGGUGCAGUUCCGUCAGCUGCAGUUGUACAGACAUGAGAUGCAGCAUUUUGUCAAAGUGAUCCAGGGAUACAUCGCCAAUCAGAUACUACAAGUGUCCUGGAGCGAAUUCACCGCCAAGCUGGCUGCUGCCAGCGACCUGGAUGCCAUCCACCGCACACAUGCAGACUACCUCAACAGAGCCAUCUUCAGAGGUCUGCUGACAGAGAAAGCGGCACCGGUCAUGAAUAUCAUCCAUAGCAUCUUCAGCCUGAUCCUCAAGUUUCGGGCCCAGCUGAUCGCACAGCCCUGGGACAGCCAGCAGGGGGAGGCAGUGCACCCUAGCUUUAUUGCCAUGCAGCAGUCAUACAAUACCUUCAAGUAUUACUCUCACUUCCUUUUCAAAGUGGUGACCAAGCUGGUGAACAGAGGUUAUCAACCUCAUUUAGAGGAUUUCCUGCUUCGCAUUAACUUCAACAACUACUACAAAGACUCCUGAGCUGUGUGCUGGUGUGUAAAUUCUUCUGUCCUUCAUUUUGGUGUUCAGAAUACUUUUAAACCCCACCUGUACUGUAUAUGAGGACAUGGAUGUGACACUGAAAACUGUUUAGGCAUUCAACCUGUAUCAAGGUGCAGGAUUUAAACUACAUGUCUGUGUGCUUGGAUCAUUAGAUUUUGCCUCUAUUAUAAAUGUGUAUGCUGCCAGUGUGUGCGAUAGAGAUGAAACUAUUGCCUAUUGUAAUGCAUCCCAUGUCCAGGUGUGCCUACAGCUGUGUAGCUUUUAAGAGAAUCGCAAUUAAAUGUCAGUGUAAUGUAAAUACAAAAGCAAAAUGCUUUGUUUAUAAUAAAUUCUCUAUGCUCUA